AUGGUGGAGCAAAUUUUUGAAAGCUACUGGUGCCUGGAUGCUUGUGACAAUAAAAUUUCCAGAAUCACUUCAGUACCCUUGGGCGUAGGAAUUUUGGCGACCGACUCCACGCGACCAUCAUCAGCAGCCGGCCAUCAGGGUGUAGCACUUGGAGAGAUCGUAAGUGCUUGGCCGUGGAGUGCCUAUGGUCGACAAACACGUGUUCUGCUGUGGGAAUGCGCAAUUGGCGGAUGGCAAGAAGAAAACGAUGUGUUGGCAACUAAAGUAAAAAGUGCUAUCCGAGAAGAAAUUGGUGAUGCAAAAUUUUGUAUCAUUGUUGAUGAAGCUCGAGAUGAAUCAAAGAAGGAACAAAUUUCAAUUGUCUUGAGAGUUGUUGAUAGAGAUGGCUUUAUACAAGAGCGAUUCAUUGGAGUUGUUCAUGUUAGAGACACUAUUGCAUCAACAUUGAAAGAAGGUAUCUUUUCUAUCUUAUCUCGUCAUAAUCUUGAUGUUCAAAAUAUUCGAGGACAAGGUUAUGAUGGUGCAAGCAACAUGCGUGGAGAGUGGAAUGGAUUGAAAGCUUUAAUCUUGGAUAAAUGUCCUUAUGCUUAUUAUGUUCAUUGUUUUGCACAUCGACUGCAAUUGCCAUUAGUAGCUUCAUCAAAAGAAGUCAUCCCUGUCCAUCACUUUUUCACUAAGUUGAACUCCAUUAUUAAUGUUGUUGGGGCUUCAUGUAAGCGCAAUGACAAGUUGAAAGCUGCUCAUGCCUCAAAUAUUGCUCAUUUGCUUAGUAUCGAUGAGCUUGAAAGUGGAAUGGGUCUUAACCAAAUUGGUUCUUCUUUACAAAGGCCCGGUGAUACUCGUUGGAGCUCUCAUUUGAAAUCCAUAUCAAGUUUGAUGAGAAUGUUUAGUGCAACAUGUGAAGUUUUACUUAAUAUUAUUGAAGAUGGAACUACACCUACUCACCGUGGAGAUGCCGAUGUAGCUUAUGAGGUAAUGACUUCUUUUGAAUUUGUAUUCAUUAUGCACCUCAUGAGAAAAGUUCUAGAGAUUUCUAAUAUGCUUUGCCAAGCUUUGCAACUCCAAUCUCAAGAUAUAUUGAAUGCAAUGCAUCUUGUGACAUUUACUAAAUUGCUUAUUCAAAAAUUAAGAGAUAGUGGAUGGGAUGAAUUAGUUUCAAGUGUGAAGUCUUUUUGUGAAAAUGUCAAUAUAAGUGUGCCAGAUUUUGAUGCUCAAUAUAUUGCAAGAAGAGGAAGGGCUAGGAAUCAACAAGAUGAAUUAACAGUUGGACAUCAUUACAAAGUUGAUAUUUUUAAUGCGGUGAUUGAUUCUCAGUUGCAAGAGUUGAACAAUAGGUUUGAUGAUAAAACAAUGGAGUUAAUUGUUCUGAGUUCAUCCCUAGAUCCAAAAGAAAUGCGUAUAUCAUUCAGAAUUGAUGACAUUUGCAAGUUGGUAGAGAAAUUUUACCCACAAGACUUUGCAUAUUAUGAGAUUUUGCAAUUAAGAAUGCAACUUGAACAUUUUGAACAUGUGCAACAACUUCCUGAUUUUAGAGAACUAGAAAGUAUUUCUGAUCUCUGUCAAUGGAUGGUGAAAACUAGAAAAUUGGACAUAUAUCCUCUUGUGUUCAGAAUAGUAACUCUCAUUCUCCACGCUUCCCGUAUCUACAGCUACUACAGAACGAUCUUUUUCUGCCAUGAAAAUAGUCAAGACUACACUUCGUAA